CCAUUGCCUGCUGUUAGCACUUAGCACAACCGCGUUUCCACACCGGUCAAUAAGGUGAUAGCAACGUGCCCCCUCAACCAUGGCCUCCGUCGAACUCAAAGCAAAGAAACGACUCUCAGAGGAGAAGAAGACAGAGUCUCCCACCAAAAAGACAGAGACCAUGGCCUCCGACGCACCCAAAGCAAAGAAGGGAAGAUUCUCAGAGGAGAAGAAGACAGAGUCUCCAAGCAAAAAGACAGAGUCUCCGAGCAAAAAGACAGAGACUCCGACCAAAAAGACGGAGUCUACUGACAAACUAAGCCCUAAUACACUCUUUGGGAUGGGAAACCCCUUACUGGACAUCUCUGCUGUGGUGGACAAAGACUUUCUGGACAAGUACACUCUGAAACCCAAUGACCAGAUCCUGGCAGAGGACAAACACAAAGAACUAUUUGAAGAGCUAGUGAAGAAGUCCAAAGUGGAGUACCACGCUGGAGGAGCCACACAGAACUCAAUUAAGAUCGCUCAGUGGAUGAUCCAGGAACCCCAUAAGGUCGGCACGUUCUUUGGCUGCAUUGGCAAAGACGACAAGUUUGGAGGGAUCCUGAAGCAGAAGGCUGAGGAGGCUCACAUCGACGCCCACUACUACGAGCAGGAGGAAAAGCCCACAGGGACCUGUGCUGCCUGCAUCACCGGAGACAACAGGUCUCUGGUAGCUAACCUAGCUGCUGCUGAGUGUUAUAAGAAGGACAAGCAUUUAGACCUGGAGGAAAACUGGGAGCUGGUGGAAAAAGCUAAAGUCUACUAUAUUGCAGGUUUCUUCCUCACUGUCUCUUUGGAGUCCAUCCUGAAAGUGGCAAAGCACGCGUCUGACAAUAACAAACUGUUUUGCCUGAACCUCUCCGCGCCCUUCAUCUGCCAGUUCUUCAAGGAUAACCUCAUGCAGGUUAUGCCCUACGUCGACGUGCUGUUCGGCAAUGAGACAGAGGCAGCAGCGUUCGCUAAAGAGCUUGACUUUGAGACCGAGGACAUCAAGGAAAUUGCCAAGAAAGCCCAGGCUUUGACCAAAGUCAACAAAAAGAGGCAGAGGAUUGUAGUGUUGACUCAGGGGAAGGAUAAAACUGCUAUGGCCAGUGAGAAGGUCGAGACAUUCCCUGUACUGAAGAUUGACCCGAAGGACAUUGUGGACACAAUCGGUGCAGGUGAUGCCUUUGUAGGAGGUUUCCUGUCUGGGUUAGUCCAGGAGAAACCUCUGGAUCAGUGUGUGAAGGCGGCACACUACGCUGCUAACGUCAUCAUCAGACGAGCAGGGUGCACCUUCCCAGAAAAACCCGACUUCAAAUGAGGAGUCCCGGAUCCUUCAGUCCGUCAGCCUGAAAUCACACACCCACCCUGCCGAAGAUAACUGACCCAUUCUUUCCACUAUUUUCUACAAAUACUUCCCCAAAUUAUUGUAGCCACAUUUUUUAAAUCUUCCGCACAUAAUUUCAUCCGCACAAAUAUUUAGUUGGGUGCCUCCUGGCGUGUGCCUGUCCCUGUUCUCCACUUGGGGCCGCUAGAGGAUCACGCAGCCAGGAGCCAAUGGAUAAUUGUUUUAUAGAUAAAUCACCUUUUAAGGAAUCAUGAAAAUAUCACAUAAUGUGAUAAUUUUAUUUUACACAAAGGAACUUUGUGUAAACAUUUUUGGAUCAAACACUGCAAACGUCUGUACGCCUAUCACACUGCUUUAUUCCACAAUGGGAGGACACCCUACACAAACGGGACUAAUGAAUCUAAAUCUGUCAAUGGAAGUUUGUAUACUACAUUGAAAUGUGCAGUAGUGACUUAUUUAAAAUGAAAUAUUCCUGAUUAUGAGUUCGUUCUUGUUUUAAGAUUUAAUCUAACAGGCCAGUAAUGAAACCAAGUGUUUUCAUUUUGAAAUGUGUCAAAGCCUCUGCCCACUAUGACCUGUGAUGACUUAAAUAUCAGCUUGAUUGCGUACAUUUUGUUCAGAAGGUACCUUCAACAUCAAACUCGUGGAAGUUUUUUGGGCAGGUGCUUCUUGUAAUGAGUGCCUUUUCCCCUUCCUUUCGCUGCAUGUGUUACAGUGUUCAGAGGCCUAUAGAUGUUCUGUUAAUCCACAUUUCUUUGCACAGGGAAACUAGACCAGUGAUGGGAGCUAUACAGUGGCUUUUCACCCCUCAAUACUUCAAUUUCUCCCUGAGUUAGUGGCCUGUGUUCUUUCUGGGUGUCUGUUGAUCUCUAGCUAAAUCAUAGAAUAUGUUACCAAACUUUAAUACCGUCCAUUUGAUUUAUUCAGAUUUUGACAUUUGUGUCACUGCAACUGGCAAUGAAAGAUGGAAAAUAAAUAAGGGAAACAAAUCUGAAACAUCAGCCAAAUUCAGGCUCGGGCUACUCUUGUGAUAUUGGGACAAAACAUUUCAAUAUUGUUUAAACCUAAGUUUGUGGUAUGCGCAGCACUGAAUCCUUGAAUUGAAGUAUCAUGAUCUUAAAAUGUGAUGAGGAGCAAGAAGUAUGUUUUCUGAAUACUACAAGAGUUGUUUUUAAACUUCAUCUUAUCUUUUAGUGUUGUCCCUUUGCCUCUUUUAAAAUACAGACUUUUUUUAUACCGGUAAACCAAAAAGCCUUAUGUGACCAUUUAUUCCUGAUCUCAAUUGUACUCAAGUUGCCCAUCUCUGUGCUAGAAUGUGAUGCUUGAAAUUUACAAAUUAAACAUACAACAAUAAUU